UCUCCUGGGCGGCGGCUGCCUCCUCGACAGGCUCGUCCACGAUGACCAAACUGACGGCCCAGGUCAAAGGCUCGCUCAACAUCACCACUCCCGGGGUGCAGAUAUGGAGGAUCGAGGCCAUGCAGAUGGUGCCUGUCCCACCCAGCACCUUCGGGAGCUUCUACGACGGGGACUGCUACAUCGUCUUGGCUACCCACAAGACGAGCAGCAGCUUGCUCUACGACAUCCACUACUGGAUCGGCCAGGCCUCGUCCCAGGAUGAGCAGGGAGCGGCUGCCAUCUACACCACGCAGAUGGACGACUUCCUCAAGGGCCGAGCAGUCCAGCAUCGGGAGGUCCAGGGCAACGAGAGCGAGGCUUUCCGGGGCUACUUCAAACAAGGCCUCAUCAUCCGCAAAGGGGGCAUAGCUUCGGGCCUGAAGCAGGUGGAGACCAAUUCCUAUAAGGUCCAGCGGCUGUACCACGUCAAGGGCAAGAGGAACGUGGUGGCAGGAGAGGUGGAGAUGUCCUGGAAAAGUUUCAACCGCGGGGACGUGUUCCUCCUGGACCUGGGCAAGCUCAUCAUCCAGUGGAACGGGCCCGAGAGCAACCGCAUGGAAAGACUCAAGGUGAACCCCGAGGGGACCCCCGCCCUUGCAGGCCCAGCCUUGUCGGCCCAGGCAGCCUUCUCCAACUCCCAUCGAGCUGAUGGUGGGUGUGGGGAGAGGGACUGUUACAUCCUGGACCAGGGGGGCCUGAAGAUCUUUGUGUGGAAGGGGAAGAAGGCCAAUGCCGAGGAGAGGAAGGGAGCCAUGAGUCAGGCCCUGAACUUCAUCAAGGCCAAGCAGUACCCGCCGAGCACGCAGGUGGAGGUGCAGAACGAUGGGGCCGAGUCGGCCGUCUUCCAGCAGCUCUUCCAGAAGUGGACGGUGCCCAACCGGACCUCGGGCCUGGGGAAAACCCACACUGUGGGCUCCGUGGCCAAGGUGGAACAGGUGAAAUUUGACGCCGCCUCCAUGCACAUCCAGCCUCAGGUGGCAGCCCAGCAGAAGAUGGUGGACGACGGGAGUGGGGAGGUGCAGAUGUGGCGCAUUGAAGACCUGGAGCUGGUGCCGGUGGAAUCCAAGUGGCUAGGACACUUCUACGGGGGCGACUGCUACCUGCUGCUCUACACCUACCUCAUCGGAGAGAAGCAGCACUACCUGCUCUACAUCUGGCAGGGCAGACAAGCUAGCCAGGAUGAAAUCGCCGCCUCAGCCUAUCAGGCCGUCAUCCUGGACCAGCAGUACAAUGACGAGCCAGUGCAGAUCCGGGUCCCCAUGGGCAAGGAGCCCCCCCACCUUAUGUCCAUCUUCAAGGGACGCAUGGUGGUCUAUCAGGGAGGCACUUCUCGCGCUAACAGCUCGGAGCCCACGCCCUCCACACAGCUGUUCCAGGUGCGGGGCACCAGCGACGCCAACACCAAGGCCUUUGAGGUCCCGCCUCGGGCCAACUCCCUCAACUCCAACGACGUCUUCGUUCUUAGGACCCCGUCCUGCUGUUACCUGUGGUGCGGGAAGGGCUGUAGCGGGGAUGAGCGGGAGAUGGCCAAGAUGGUGGCCGACACCAUCUGCCGGACGGAGAAGCAAGUGGUGGUAGAAGGACAAGAGCCGGCCACCUUCUGGAUGGCGCUGGGUGGGAAGGCCCCCUAUGCCAACACCAAAAGGCUGCAGGAUGAAACCCUGGUCAUCACCCCCCGGCUCUUUGAGUGCUCCAAUCAGACCGGGCGCUUCCUGGCCACCGAGAUCCCCGACUUCAACCAGGACGACUUGGAGGAGGAUGACGUGUUUCUGCUGGAUGUCUGGGACCAGGUCUUCUUCUGGAUCGGGAGGCACGCCAGGGAGGACGAGAAGGUGGCAGCGGCGGCCUCGGUGCAGGAGUACCUCAAGACCCACCCUAGUGGCCGCGACCCGGAGACGCCCAUCGUUGUGGUGAAGCAGGGGCACGAGCCACCCACCUUCACAGGCUGGUUCCUGGCCUGGGACCCCUUCAAGUGGGAUAACGCCAAAUCCUACGAGGAACUGAAGGGGGAACUUGGAGACCCGAGAGACUGGGGCAAGCUCACUGCUGAGAUCACCAGCCCCGAGCCGGACGUGUUCAACGCCAACAGCAGCCUUGAUUCUGGGCCCCUCCCCAUCUUCCCCCUGGAGCAGCUGGUGAACAAGCCGGCGGAAGAGCUCCCCGAGGGGGUGAACCCCAGCAGAAAGGAGGCGCACCUGUCCCCUGAGGAUUUCGCAGAGGCCUUGGGGAUGACUCCCGCUGCCUUCUUGGCCCUGCCUCGGUGGAAGCAACAAAACCUCAAGAAGGAAAAAGGCCUCUUUUGAAAAGCAAGAGGAGCUGCAGCUGCAAAGCACUAGCCGACCCUGCUUACGGCUUCACUGUCCAUCCCGGGGCCAGUAGGGCCUGUGUGUGAGCCACUCUUGGCCCCUGGAAGGACUGUGAUCCCCUGCCAGCACUCCAGGUAGCUGGGGCCCUUGUCCCAGAGGGCAUCACUUUACCCUCCUUCCUCUCCAGCUCCUGCUUCUUAGAAGGGCAACCAAGCACUUGACAGCACAGCAGGGUGUGGUGGUGGUCUAUCAGGGCAGGUGGGCUGAGGUGUGGUGUUUGGUAUCUUUCUCAGAGCACUGCUACUUCCUCCUCACAUGCCCUCACACCUUCCACUGGUCCCAACAGCAGGAGCUCUGGCCCUGCCUCAGUUUGCCCUCCUUCUAUGUCCUCUGGGGUGUAACCGUGCUGGCCGGGAGUAGGGUCAGAAGGCCAACAGAUCUCCCAGCUCCAACAAAUGUCUGCCAAAUUGUGCCCUUUUCUGAAAUAAUACUCCAACCACCAGGUUAAUAAAGGCUUUAAUUUCA